AUCGUCAAGAUGCGCGCUGUGCUGGGACUGCUGGCGCUGCUCUGUGCCGCUGAGGCGCUGCCCGUCGACCAGGAGGCAGCCAAGAGCAAAAAUGUCGUAUCAAGCUUGGGCGAUCUGGAGUCGCUGCUGCAGGACUUCCUGAAGCAGGUGAACUUUGACGCCAUGGUGGCGCUGUGGAAGCAGAAGGAGGCUGCCGCCGACGCUGACCUGAUGCAGGUCAUUGACUACCUCAAGUCGGACGACUUUAAGGCUCUCUACGACUACAUGCACGCCACCGCCGAUGGCAACAACUUCCCCGACUUUCUGGACUAUCUGCGCGCCGGCGGUCUGGACAUCGACGCGUUCGAGAAAUGGCUGGCCGAAGAGCUGGGCUGGAACUCGGCACCGGCCGGCCGGCAUGGCCGCCAGCUGGGCGACUUCAAGUCGCUGGUGGACGAGUUCCUGGCGCUGGUCGACCAGCAGAGUGUGAUCGCGUGGGCGCUGCAGCAGCUGGCCAGCAACCCGGACAUGCAGGCGCUGGUCGCCGAGCUGGAGAAGCCCGAGGCGGCCGCCACUGCAGACUACCUGGAGAAGUCUCCCGAGUACCAGGCGCUGCUGCAGUUUAUGCGCGACGACAACAUCGACAUCGACUCCAUCAUCGCCGCCAUCAGGGCCGCCCUCGGCUGGGACUCGGUGUCGGCGGUCCGGGCUGGUCUGGGUGACUUGGAGUCGCUGCUGCAGGACUUCCUGAAGCAGGUCAACUUUGACGCCAUGGUGGCGCUGUGGAAGCAGAAGGAGGCUGCCGCCGACGCUGACCUGAUGCAGGUCAUCGACUAUCUCAAGUCGGACGAUUUUAAGGCCCUCUACGACUACAUGCACGCCACCGCCGAUGGCAACAACUUCCCCGACUUUCUGGACUAUCUGCGCGCCGGCGGUCUGGACAUCGACGGGUUCGAGAAAUGGCUGGCCGAAGAGCUGGGCUGGAACUCGGCACCGGCCGGCCGGCAUGGCCGCCAGCUGGGCGACUUCAAGUCGCUGGUGGACGAGUUCCUGGCGCUGGUCGACCAGCAGAGCGUGAUCGCGUGGGCGCUGCAGCAGCUGGCCAGCAACCCGGACAUGCAGGGCCUGGUCGCCGAGCUGGAGAAGCCCGAGGCGGCCGCCACUGCAGACUACCUGGAGAAGUCUCCCGAGUACCAGGCGCUGCUGCAGUUUAUGCGCGACGACAACAUCGACAUCGACUCCAUCAUCGCCGCCAUCAAGGCCGCCCUCGGCUGGGACUCGGUGUCGGCGGUCCGGGCUGGUCUGGGUGACUUGGAGUCGCUGCUGCAGGACUUCCUGAAGCAGGUCAACUUUGACGCCAUGGUGGCGCUGUGGAAGCAGAAGGAGGCUGCCGCCGACGCUGACCUGAUGCAGGUCAUCGACUAUCUCAAGUCGGACGAUUUUAAGGCCCUCUACGACUACAUGCACGCCACCGCCGAUGGCAACAACUUCCCCGACUUUCUGGACUACCUGCGCGCCGGCGGUCUGGACAUCGACGCGUUCGAGAAAUGGCUGGCCGAAGAGCUGGGCUGGAACUCGGCACCGGCCGGCCGGCAUGGCCGCCAGCUGGGCGACUUCAAGUCGCUGGCGGACGAGUUCCUGGCGCUGGUCGACCAGCAGAGUGUGAUCGCGUGGGCGCUGCAGCAGCUGGCCAGCAACCCGGACAUGCAGGGCCUGGUCGCCGAGCUGGAGAAGCCCGAGGCGGCCGCCACUGCAGACUACCUGGAGAAGUCUCCCGAGUACCAGGCGCUGCUGCAGUUUAUGCGCGACGACAACAUCGACAUCGACUCCAUCAUCGCCGCCAUCAAGGCCGCCCUCGGCUGGGACUCGGUGUCGGCGGUCCGGGCUGGUCUGGGUGACUUGGAGUCGCUGCUGCAGGACUUCCUGAAGCAGGUCAACUUUGACGCCAUGGUGGCGCUGUGGAAGCAGAAGGAGGCUGCCGCCGACGCUGACCUGAUGGAGGUCAUUGACUACCUCAAGUCGGACGACUUUAAGGCUCUCUACGACUACAUGCACGCCACCGCCGAUGGCAACAACUUCCCCGACUUUCUGGACUACCUGCGCGCCGGCGGUCUGGACAUCGACGGGUUCGAGAAAUGGCUGGCCGAAGAGCUGGGCUGGAACUCGGCACCGGCCGGCCGGCAUGGCCGCCAGCUGGGCGACUUCAAGUCGCUGGCGGACGAGUUCCUGGCGCUGGUCGACCAGCAGAGUGUGAUCGCGUGGGCGCUGCAGCAGCUGGCCAGCAACCCGGACAUGCAGGGCCUGGUCGCCGAGCUGGAGAAGCCCGAGGCGGCCGCCACUGCAGACUACCUGGAGAAGUCUCCCGAGUACCAGGCGCUGCUGCAGUUUAUGCGCGACGACAACAUCGACAUCGACUCCAUCAUCGCCGCCAUCAGGGCUGCCCUCGGCUGGAAUUAGCUGACUACAGCUGCCAGGGCGCUGAAUGUCUUUGAUGUCGAUGAGGUUACUCAUUAAUGGAUAGUACUCUGGAGCACGCUGUUAUUUGGCGUGAUGAAACAUCCCUAUACUUCCAUCCCCCCUACCUCGACUUGUAAGAGUAAGUUACGAGGACCCUACUGAAGUGCGGCAUGAAUGCAAUAAAUCCUGGUCGGUGUUA